CGUAAAAGGUGGUCAUCUUUUCUGGGUGGGAAAUGAACUUUAGCACCAAAUGCCACUGAUGGAGGAGUGGCUAAUGAUUAAAACUGCCAGUGGAAAACAUCUGAUCCCACAUCAUCAUCCAGGGUUUCAGGGCGCUAAAGCCUCAUCCACUCAUAGCCUUCACUGGCUUUCUUUUUCGUGUUGAAGUUUUGUCCUUAAGUUAUUUUCCAAUGGCUCGAGACUUCAAACUUAUCUUUGUCCUUUGCUUAAUCGCAGCAUGUCUUGGUGGAGGUUCAGAUGCUUCAACCACUGUCGCACCUUCUGCAACAACAUCAGGAGGCUCAACUGUUUCAACCACUGUCGCACCUUCUGCAACAACAUCAGGAGGCUCAACUGUUUCAACCACUGUCGCACCUUCUGCAACAACAUCAGGAGGCUCAACUGUUUCAACCACUGUCGCACCUUCUGCAACAAUAUCAGGAGGCUCAACUGUUUCAACCACUGUCGCACCUUCUGCAACAACAUCAGGAGGCUCAACUGUUUCAACCACUGUCGCACCUUCUGCAACAACAUCAGGAGGCUCAACUGUUUCAGCCACUGCUUCACCUACUGAGACGACAGAACAUCCAACUCAGCCUUCAAAUCCUUGUGUGCCAAACCCAUGUGGCCAAGGCAGCACCUGUGAGCCUCGUGCUAAUCCAAACUUUGUAUGCUUGUGCUUACCUGGUGAAUCCUACAAUCAUGACACCAAAAGGUGUGAGAAUGCCAAAGUUUUUCCUGGAGCACUAUCUCUGCCUGGGUUGACGUACACUGACAAUAUGAAGGACAACACAUCACCACAGUUUCUAGAAGCUGCUAAAACAAUUACGGAUGAGCUCGACAAGGUUUUCAAAAAUAACUCUGGUUACUCUGGAUCUACAGUACUGAAGAUUGAGCCCAUUUCAAGCACCAGAGUUUGGUCAAGAGCAGAGCCUGGUGUUACUGCAACUGUAGAGAUCAGCUUCAACGCAAAUGCUGACAUCUCAUCAGAUCAGAUUUUGAAAGACAUACAGUCAUAUGCCAACCAUACAGGCGGUCUACUUACAGGGGUUGGUUUUAAAGGUAAGUUUAUUUAUCGCGUGUGUUUGUCUGAUAUUCAUAUAGUUUGGUGUAAAGAGGAAGACCUGUGCGGCAUGGGAGCCUGUGAUAGUAAUUCUACAACCUGCUCAUCAGGCAAUGGAUCUUUUAUUUGUACCUGCAAGGACACCUACGUUCGUACAAAAUUCAGUACCAGAGUGUGCACUGCUUGUCCCAGUGGUCAAAAAGCUGUGAAUUCCAAAUGUGUCAACUGUCCGUUUGGAUAUUCUGGUUUUAACUGCGAUGAAUCAUGGCAGCUGACGGUGGUAAUCGUUGGCUCAGUGUUGGGGGGACUGCUGCUCAUAACACUGAUUCUUCUGCCUAUAGUUGCAUGCAAAUCCUCAAAGAAGAAAAAUACAGGCGUUAAAAAGCCUUACGAAAGCCACUCUGUCGCUGGGGCACCAUUGGUUCAGAGCAGCUCAGCCGAGAGGCAGUCAGCCUUUGGUAAUGGGUCAUCUUUUGCCAAUGUUGGGGUGCCUAGGAUCCCAAGGGCCGCACCCACCAGCAGCUGGGACAGAAGGAACAACCUGGAGAUGACUCCGAGCAACAGUCAGCAAAAUCUGGUCUCUGGGGGAAGGAACGCUGUGAGUAUGCCUCUGUGUUUGUUUGACAUAAAACUUUGCAGGAUUUUGAAGCAUCUGUAUGAAGAUGCAGACAAAGUGACCCCAUAUGGUCGACCUCAACCCCAGAUCAACCCAUACGCCCAGAAUCGACCCCAGAUCAACCCGUACGCUACAAGUCUAGGCCAUACCAACAAUUCAUACCUGCAAGACAAUGGAAGACGGUUCAAUUAAUGAGGAACCACAAGGGUUCAUCCUCCAGUGACAUUUACCCACAUCAGAAAAUUAUUGAGAUUUAGAUGGAAACACCUCAGAUUUUUUUGAAAAAUAACAGUACAUCAUCAGGUUCCCAUUCCGGUAAGGGCUGUAUCAACCAAAGCAUUGAUAAAUAUUACUGUAAUGUCAACUUUAUUUUGACUCAUUAUUAGCUGUCAUAACCUUUACCUGUUUUUCCUUGACUAAUCUAAGUCAAAGUCAAAGUUUGUGAUGUGAGAUGCAAUGUAGGUCUUCAGUGAAAAAAAAAAUCUACUUGUUCAAAUGGAUUUAACCAGAAAUGUAUAUUUAGACUGAGUUGAAUGGGAAUUUUAUGUUUGAAUGUGACAAGUUUCUUUUCUUCACAUGACAUUAAAUUAUUUAGUUAUUCCUCUAAUAUAGGGCAGACUGGUCUAUCCAUGUAUUUCAUUCUAACUUGUGUAAAAUGUUUACCACGAGGAAACUGUUUUGUAGGGUUUAUUUUGUGUAUGGUUAACCUUUUUUAUGUCUGAUUGAAUCAAAGCUGUUAUUUGACUUAAAUAAAAUCACAAUAU